AUGUCAGGGGUUUCAGAGGAGGAUCUAGAGGGUCUGGGCCCCCUGGGUCUGCCAGCGUUGGGCAGAGCCUGCUUAGCCACCAUGGACAAAAAACUUACCGUGCUGAGCGAGAAGGUCGACAGACUCUUGCAUUUCCAGGACGACGUCACAGAGAAGCUGCAGUGUGUGUGCCGAGGCAUGGACCACCUGGAACAAGGUCUGCACCGGCUGGAGGCCUCCCGGGAGUUGGGUCUGGCAGGGUCUGACAACCCUCCUCCAGCCGCUGCUCAGGGUGCAUGGCCUGAGGUCCUGGAGCUGGUGAGGGCUAUGCGGCAGGAGGGUGCCCAGCAUGGUGCCAGGCUCGAAUCCCUCUUCAAGACCGUGAUGGCUGUGGACAGGGCUAUUACUUUGGUGGGGGCCACAUUCCAGAAUUCAAAGGUGGAUGAUUUCAUCGCCCAAGGGACCGUGCCCUGGAGGGAAGGCAGCCUGGUUGACCGCCCUGAGGAGAACAAGGAACAAGCAGAAGCUACGGGAGCAAAGCCAAAGCAUGUGCUGACUGCCGGAGGAGCAGUGUGUUUUCAUGCUUCUUAUUAUCUUGCAGAGAGCCAGAAGGAGGACAUAGCAGUGGGGACAGUGGAGAGGCUGCCUCUCAUCAUCAAUCCUUCACUGAAGGGAGCUGACUUCACCCAGGGAGGAGCCUCAGUGAGGCAGGGAGUUGAAGUUCUUGGCCCAGGCCAAGUACCCCCACCCACAGAAGCAGAAAUCAGGCUUCCUGAAGCUUCCAGUGAGAACCCUGGGACUACCCUAGAAUUGUCUGUAGCACUCGGCAGAAUCAGUGAGGUCUUCACCAGCCUCAAGAUGUCCCAAAGUGCAGAACAAGGAACUUCGUCAAGCAAGCCUGACUGUUGGCUCUCAGAAGAGGGCAUGAGACUGAGUUCAGGGCCUAGCCCUCUGUCCCUUGGGCCGCUAACUCCAGCCAGUGAAGUUCACAGUGGUGAAGCACAUCCCAGGAUCUCUGUCCAAGAGAUGGAUACUCCCAGGGAGCUGCUUGAGACGCCGAGAGGCAGUCCCAUGGCCUCUACAGAUGUGCCAGCAGUUACCCAACCUGAUGAGCAGGAGCCACAUCCCAAAGGCCCUGGAACUGAGUUGGAAGACCAGAUCCCUAAAGGAGCCAGAGCAUUUCCACCCCUGCCAAAGAGGAGUAGCAACAAUGGAGGAAUGAAUGCAGAGGAGGAGGUGGAGUCUAGAGCUGAGCCUCUCGCUGGACCAAGCUUGACCACAAGGGACUGGGGAGAUGAGGCUGUUGGGACCACAGACCUGCAGCAAGACACAGACUCAGGAGUGGGAAAGCCUGAGCCCACGAAGGACCAUGCAGCCAAGAGUUCAGGGGGAAUGGAAGCUGGAGGGAGGAUGCAGCCUGCUGCAGAGGCUGCUGUCAUGGUUCUAGAUGACAGUGCAGCACCUCCAGCCCCCUUUGAACACCGGGUAGUGAGUGUCAAGGACACCUCUAUCUCAGCAGGCUACACAGUGUCUCAACAUGAAGUCUUGGGAGGGGGCCGGUUUGGCCAGGUGCACAGGUGUAUGGAGAGAUCCACAGGCCUCGCACUGGCAGCCAAGAUCAUCAAAGUGAAGAACCUCAAAGACCGGGAGGAUGUGAAGAAUGAGAUUAGCAUCAUGAACCAACUUAGCCAUGUCAACUUGAUCCAACUGUAUGACGCUUUUGAGAGCAAGAACAGCUUCACCCUGAUCAUGGAGUAUGUGGAUGGAGGCGAGCUCUUUGACCGGAUCACGGAUGAGAAGUACCACCUCACUGAGCUCGAUGUGGUCUUGUUCACGAAGCAGAUCUGCGAGGGUGUGCAUUACCUGCAUCAGCACUACAUCCUGCACCUGGACCUCAAGCCAGAGAACAUACUGUGCGUCAACCAGACAGGACAUCAAAUUAAGAUCAUUGACUUUGGGCUGGCUAGAAGAUACAAACCUCGGGAGAAGCUAAAGGUGAACUUUGGUACUCCGGAGUUCCUGGCCCCAGAAGUUGUUAACUAUGAGUUUGUCUCAUUCCCAACAGACAUGUGGAGUGUGGGAGUUAUCACGUACAUGCUACUCAGUGGUUUGUCCCCAUUUCUAGGGGAAACAGAUGCAGAGACCAUGAAUUUUAUUGUGAACUGUAGCUGGGAUUUUGAUGCUGAUACCUUCAAAGGGCUGUCAGAGGAAGCCAAGGACUUUGUUUCCCGGUUGCUGAUCAAAGAGAAGAGCUGCAGGAUGAGUGCCACACAGUGCCUGAAACACGAGUGGUUGAACCAUUUGCCUGCCAAAGCCUUGGGAUCCAAGGUUCGUCUCAGAUCCCAGCUAUUGCUGCAGAAAUAUAUGGCCCAGAGCAAAUGGAAGAAACAUUUCCAUGUGGUGGCUGCAGUCAACAGAUUAAGGAAAUUUCCAACCAGUCCCUAAAUCUUCAACUCUGCUGCUCCACUGGGCCCAGGAAUUCUUGAGACAACAUGAAGGGGUAAUAUGAAGAGAUUAUUCAAGAUUUUAUGUAGUCUGGCCUUUUGCCAUUAUUGAUUCCUCUUGGUUUGCAAAGAAUGGUGAAAGAAAGAGAAAGAAAAGAAGAAAAAAGAGAAGAAAGGGAAAAGGAAGAAAGCAAGGGAGCAAGGGAGGAGAAAGGUUGUUGUUGCCUUCCUUGUGGCUGAAAAGUGGGUUUGUUUGUUUUGUUUUGUUUUGGAAGCCCUAGUAAUGCCCUCUGCUCAGGUCUGAUAUGCUGCUUCCUCCCCAGCACCCUUACUUUUGGUAACAAGAGAAGGCAGGCUCAGGAUGGGCAGGGGAAGUCCCACUUUGUUUUUGCCAAAUUUGAAUUCCAUACUUGCAUAAUUAAACAACCCAGUAGGGAGGGAAGGAUGGAUCGGGAAAGGGUUAGGGACAAGAGUGGGGAAUGAAUAUGACCAGAACAUAUUGUAUGAAAUUCGCAAAGAAUUAAUAAAAUAUAUUUUUAAAAGAGGAAUCAUUAUUUGAGCUGCUUGCAGCUGGUCGGAGAAGUUUCUGCAGUGGGUGGCAGUCAGUGCAAAGCCUGUCAAAGUGCAGAGCUGGGAGGCUCAGCUCUGGUCUUAUUAACCUCCCACUAUCCAAGGUUCAGGGAGAGCCACAGAGGAGAGUGCAGAAAGAAUGUAAGAGUUGGAGAGGAGGAUGAAUGAGUGCUGUGAAAUGCUGUCUUCUAGACACGACAGCUUCUGUGUGUACAAGAUCAAGUCAGUCAAAAUUCCAUCAUGGAUGGGAGACAGCUCUGAGGCUCACCCCUGUUGGUGGAGCAAUUGGCAAUCGGUGGCUGAUGAGGUAGGGAGAAUCAUUCUCCUUUGGCGUCUAGUGGUAGCCAUUCAUGCCCCAGUGGAUGCUACAUACCCAUGUACAUAGGGGCAGUUCUAGUUAGACUUGGGAGGUCACUCACAGCAAAAAAAAUAAAUGAAAAGAGGGCACGAAGCUAGGAGGGAGGUGGGAUGGGAGGACAUCAGGGAGAACUGGAGGCAGGAAGAUGGCUAUGAUCAAUAUGUAUUGUACUAC